UAUGGUGUAUGGAAUGCAACUCUUGGCAUGUUCCAAAUCGAAUUUGUAAUCAAAAAGAAUUCAGUACCAACAGGUAGAAUACAAUAUCAAAUUUUAAAUGACCAAACUAUGUAUGUUUCAUCCGAUUUUUUACCAGAAAGCGCUCAAUUAAUUGUCAAAAAAUCAAAUUUUGAUGGUGUUGGACCAGUAUUCACUAAAAUAGAAAAGUUAUCGCUUGUGGAUAAACAUUCUUUUGGAUGGUUAUUAUAUAUUAGUGAUCCAAUUAAUGGUUUUGAAAGUGGAGAAAUUACUGUAAUGGGUUCAAUGGAUAAUAGUAUCUAUAAUUUUUACCUAAACACUACAAAUUUAAUUGGUGGAGAUAUUUAUGAAGGUAUUUGGCAAAUUAGAAUGGAUCUUGAUCCAAGAACUUGUGUAAAUCAAAAUUAUACUAUCACUUAUGUAAGACUAUUAGAUAGUAUAGGCCAGAAAUCCAUUUUC